AUGGCUAUUGUUGCUAUGGCAAUGGGCCAACAAGGGCAAUGGGUGAUCCAAGAGGAUUUCGAACUUGACGUCCACCGGUUUUCUCAUAUCGUGUCAACGCAUCUCUUGUUUGACCAUGUCGACACUACAUUGAAAAUGUUUUCAAGGACCAUUUCCAAUCGCUUUCGUGAAGAGAUCCAGAUCGAUAGCAUGGGGGCCAAUGACACAGGGUGUCUACCUCUCGACGUACAACUUCUCAAAGGACAAAUCAGUGGAGCCAUUGGAUCCUAUAUUGAAGACAAAUUACCUAGCGUCUGGAAUGAGCACGCCAAAGCACUAGACAAGGCAUCUCUCGAAUACCUCAUUGAACACUUUGCACGCGACCUGUGUCCUCCUUCCAAUGUUAUUUUGAAUCAAUGUCUUGCCGAACAUGGUCAGCAAUUGUUAUCGUAUAUCAGCCAUCAUAUAGCAGAACAACUUCGCACCACCAUCAGCCAUAUUGUACAACAUGACAUCCCGCAUCUCUUUGAAACCACGCAAACUCAAGUCGCUUCCCUACUCACUCAUUUCAACCAUCCUGGCUGCCAUCUCGAGCUCAAUCAUUCUUCCAACAACAAUCCUGCAUGGCUUGAUCUUGUGACGGAUAUGAUCAGCCAUGAUGUCAAGGAUCUAUUGCAUGACGUCGGUCGUAUUGAAGACUCGGUGUACCAAUUUGCCAUCUUAGCCAAAACAUCCUCAUCGCCAUCCUCCUCAUCAUCAGUGAACCAUCGUUUAAUAGAUACCCCGCAUCAUACAAUGUAA